AUGACAACAAGGUACGCAGAAGCCCACGCAGUAAGCAAUCUCGCAGGACCAGGGGAUGCACGACCCACGGCUCUGCAGAUCAUCAAGGACAACGACCUUGAAGGAAAGCUUUCAGACAAGGUGAUUUUCGUCACCGGCACCUCGUCGGGACUUGGUAUCGAGAUAGUGCGCGCCCUGAAAGCAACAGGCGCCAAAAUAUAUGCUACAGCACGGAAUCUCGACAAGGCGCGCGAAGCGCUGUCCGAACUUAUCGAACCAGGCAAAGUCGAGCUCCUCCCUCUUGACACGAGCUCCCUAGCGAGCGUGCGCUCUGCUGCAAAGGAGUUCCUCUCAAAGGAAUCCCAGCUCAACCUGCUGAUCAAUAACGCGGGCAUCAUGGCGGUUCCGGAACUGACCAUCACGCCCGACGGGUUUGAGGCGCAGUUCGAGACCAACCACUUGGGCCACUUCCUGCUUUUCCAACUGCUCAAGCCGACGCUUCUCGCGUCCUCGACGCCGGCAUUCCACUCGCGCGUCGUCAACGUUAGCUCACAAGGACACCGCCAGCUACCGGUCCAGUUCGACGACCUCAACUUGUCGGGACCAGGCGUCUACACCCCGUUCGGAGGGUACGGGCAGUCCAAGACCGCAAACAUCUACAUGGCGAACGAGAUCGAGCGGCGCUAUGGCGCACAAGGCCUGCACGCCUGGUCGUUGCACCCGGGCAGCAUCGAGACUGGCCUUGGGGUCCACAUGGAUUUCUCCGCCCUGAAAGCCAUGCCUGAGAUGCUGCGUAUCAUGAAAUCCCCGGGCCAGGGCGCUGCCACGACCGUGCUCGCUGCCGUCGACAAAGAGCUCGAGGGAACCGGUGGCAAAUACCUCGAUGAUACACAGGUCUGCCCACCUGCCGAUCCGAAGCUAGCCGCUGACCUGGGUUCUCCCGGCCAUGCCGCUUGGGCUUAUGAUGUUGAUGCCGCGACGAGGCUAUGGGAGGUGAGCAACAAGCUUGUAGGCUUUGAGGAGUAG